AUGUGCCAGGAUAAGCAACAGCAAACUAAUGCCACCUACCACCCAAGCCAUCCAUCACCCACACCACCUACCAUUCCACCAUCCUCGCCACACACCACCUCUACCUUCCACCUACGCCACCUACCACCCACGCCACACACUAUCCUUGUCACCUACCACCCACGCCACCUACCCACACCACCCGCACCACCUACCACCCACGCCACACAUAACCCAUGCCACACGCCACCACCCAAGCCACCUAACCCACACCAUCACCACCAUCUCUACCUUCCACCCACGCCACUUACCACCCACGCCACACACCACCCUUGUCACCUACCACCCACGCCACCUACCCACACCACACACCACCUACCACCCACGCCACCUACCCACACCACACACCACCUACCACCCACGCUACCUACCACCCACGCUACCUACCACCCACGCCACCUACCACCCACGACACCUACCACCCACGAGACCUGCCACACACCACUUACUACCAACGCCUCACCACCCACCACCCAAUCGACCAAUUUGCAUUGA